AAAAACUUGUUGUUGUCUGGGAAAAUGGCGUCAAACGUAGAGGCCCCGGAGCGCUGGUACCUCGCCCUUCUCGGCUUUGCGGAGCAUUUUCGAACCUCCAGUCCGCCCAAAAUACGACUCUGCGUGCACUGCCUACAGGCCGUGUUUCAGUUUAAGCCCCCCCAGAGGAUCGAGGCUCGGACACAUCUUCAGUUGGGCUCGGUUCUCUACCACCACACCAAGAACAGCGAGCUGGCCCGCAGCCACCUGGAGAAAGCGUGGUAUAUAUCUCAACAAGUUCCUCAAUUUGAAGAUGUCAAGUUUGAAGCCGCCAGCAUUUUGUCAGAACUCUUUUGCCAACAGAAUUUGGUGGACUCUGCAAAACCCCUGCUGCGCAAAGCCAUCCAGAUUUCACAACAAACCCCAUACUGGCACUGCAGAUUGUUGUUCCAGUUGGCGCAACUUCAUACACUGGAGAAAGACUUGGUGUCAGCAUGUGACCUUCUGGGAGUUGGAGCUGAGUAUGCUCGAGUUGUGGGCUCAGAAUAUACCAGGGCAUUGUUUCUCCUUAGUAAAGGAAUGUUGCUGCUAAUGGAGAGGAAACUUGGGGAGGUGCAUCCUCUUCUCACACUGUGUGGAACUAUAGUGGAAAACUGGCAGGGAAACCCAAUCCAGAAGGAGUCUCUGAGGGUCUUCUUCCUUGUACUACAGGUCACACACUACCUGGAUGCUGGGCAGGUGAAGAGCGUGAAGCCGUGUCUGAAGCAGCUGCAGCAGUGCAUCCAAACCAUCUCUACACUCCACGAUGAUGAGAUUCUGCCCAGCAACCCAGCUGAUCUCUUCCACUGGCUGCCCAAGGAGCACAUGUGUGUCCUUGUAUAUUUGGUGACAGUCAUGCACUCCAUGCAAGCAGGCUAUCUGGAGAAAGCUCAGAAGUACACAGACAAGGCUCUUAUGCAACUAGAGAAACUAAAAAUGUUGGACUGCAGCCCCAUCCUCUCCACCUUUCAAGUCAUUCUACUGGAGCACAUCAUCAUGUGCCGACUGGUCACGGGCCACAAGGCCACUGCAUUACAAGAGAUCUCACAGGUGUGUCAGCUGUGCCAACAGUCCCCCAGGUUAUUCACCAACCAUGCUGCUCAGCUUCACACUCUAUUAGGUCUGUACUGUAUCUCUGUGAACUGCAUGGAUAAUGCAGAGGCACAGUUCACCACAGCCCUGCGGCUCACCACACACCAGGAACUGUGGACAUACAUUGUAACCAACUUGGCCAGUGUCUACAUAAGGGAAGGAAACCGACACCAGGAGCUGUACAGUCUUCUAGAGAGAAUAAACCCAGACCAUAAUUUCCCAGUAAGCUCCCAUUGCCUGCGCGCUGCCGCCUUCUACAUCAGAGGACUCCUGUCCUUCUUUCAAGGACGCUACAAUGAGGCAAAACGUUUCCUAAGAGAAACCCUGAAGAUGUCCAACGCUGAGGAUCUGAACAGACUGACUGCCUGCUCUCUGGUUCUGCUUGGCCACAUUUUCUACGUACUGGGCAACCACAGAGAAAGCAACAACAUGGUUGUACCUGCCAUGCAGCUGGCCAGCAAGAUCCCUGACAUGUCUGUUCAGCUCUGGUCUUCAGCACUGUUGAAAGAUUUGAACAAGGCUCUCGGGAACACCAUGGAUGCUCAUGAAGCAGCGCAGAUGCACCAGAACUUCUCCCAGCAGCUGCUGCAGGACCACAUCGCUGCCUGCAGCCUCCCUGAGCAUAACCUCAUCAGUUGGACGGAUGGCCCUCCCCCUGUCCAGAUCCAAGCCCAGAAUGGCCCUACCACCAGCCUUGCAAGCCUGCUAUGAGGAGCCUCCUGUCUUGCAUAUGGCUGUAGCUGGUAAUUUAUCACAAGCAGCAAACUGAUGCCUAACAACCUGCUAUCCAGACCACUGUAGCUUCAAAGGAUCUAAACAGGUGACAGUUGGGCCUCCACUUGAUUAGUUUGUCAAGAUUUCUUCCUGAUUGUCUGCUAUUGCAUUUUUAAACAUUGUAAAACAAUUGCAACUGCUGUUGUGCAUGUGUUUCACGCUCUCUGGUGGUAAGGACACUCGUGGGGCGCAGGGGCGUGGUUGGAGGAGUGAAGGACACAUGGCAAUGUAUAAAAGGGCUUCUUUGCCUCAGAUAUAAAGAAGCCUUUGCUACGUUUGCCAGGAUUCUUUUCCAUUUAGUGGAAAAACAAAGGGGUUAAAUGGGGGGAGUGGGAGAGGGCAGUAAAGAAAUGUAGAAGAAAUUAAUUUAUUCAUGUUGCUAUUUUUGUAACUGUUGGUAAAUAUUUUACAUCUUGCCUUUUUUGUAUGGAUGCUCUUUUUUCAUGCACGGAAGUUACUGAUGUGGACUCCCUGUACAAUAGUUUCUGACCUGGGUUGCUAACAAUAAAUUCUUGGUAGAUAUGUUUUUUUUGCACAAAAUCCAUAGUAGAAAAAAAAAUAGAGACUUCUUGUAAUUUAUUUUCACAGAAUAAUAAUUUGAAAUGUUUCAUUCUACAAAUUGGCAGUGUACAUUGUUUUGUCAUUGUGCACAAUCCACUACGUGCAGAAGAUGCCUCUGUUCAGCAAACUUUCAAUACUUCUGGAAUUUCUAUCAUUUGGUGGCUGUGAGGGUUGUAGCCUCCCUUUAUAAACUCACAUUUACCGGAUAUAUUUUUUGAGGUUCCGUAAUAUAUGAAUUCCUGUUGAUGUAUUACUUUUUACAAGUCAUGUUUAGACUUCUGGAGGCUUUCAAUAAUCUUCAGAUAUCGGGGGGAAAAAAAGAAUUUAUUUUAUUUUGUUAUAUUUUAAUUUGUCUUGAUAGUUCUACUAAAUGGUUUCUUCACAGUAUGUUUGUAUAGAUUUGCCACUCGUUGAACCUUUAUUGUACAGUGACAUUUUAUAAAGUCAAUUUAGUAAAAGUGUGAUAUGUAUUAUUUUAGCUAUCCUAUGUAGGUAUCUCUACGCUUGGUAUUUAAAGCACUCUGUAAGGACACAGUUUCAGCUUGAGUACUAGCCAUAUUCUAUCCAAUGCCUAUGUUUUUAAUUCUUACAUUGUUUUCAAUAAUUUUCCAAUAAAAAUAUGAUUGAAAUUUUGUAA